GUGAAUUGUUGGUUUUGUGUGCCACGGAAAAAAGAUGGUGGCCGAGAAGAGUGCAGGUCAGGGCUGGACAACUUUUCGUCGGAAACGCCUCGGGGGAUACACCCAUCAAAAGCUUCAGAAUACCCCUAAGGCAUCUUAGUCUAGAGGCUGGACCUUUGCCCAACAGUCUGGCGAUGUAUAAAGGUCAAAACGUCGUUCUCACUCUUCAGACCGCAAACGAAGCUGCGUUUGACCUGUGGGUAAAAGCAAUAGCCAUCGAAAUCAUUCGCCAGACGCCCCUGGAUGCCGUCCGCUACCUGGACAUCCUCACCCUCCAAGAAUGCUGGAAUCGAAAAAGAACUCAAGACUGUGAAAAAGACUGGAACUUCAAUUGCACAUCGCCGAGAAAUAGCGCCCAUUGUGACAUGUGUACCGCCAAAGAAGAAACCGCCCCUAUCCUACGUCCUCCCUCCCCUCCUCCUACAAUUAAACGUCCCCUUUCACCACCCCCUUCUCCCCCACCAUUAAUAUUUCCUUCUCUUCAUUCACCUUCUUCAGUUUCUCUCCCACCAACGCCUACCACACCCCCGCCACUCUCUCCAAAUAAAAUCAGUGAAGAUAAGAAAACAUCCCCCGAGUUUUUAACAAAUACGACGCAGGGUAGGACACUUAUUCUUCAACAUCCUCCCAGUACACCUCAUACCCGUUACCUAAGAUCCGCAAAUUUACACCACCCCCCAGAAAUGCACCACAUAUUCCCCACCAACAAUUUAAGCGUUUGGAACAAUAGUCAACCCAAGAAAAAUGCAGAUUGCAAAGGGUAUUCCUUUGAUGUUUUGCUGAAGAAAUGUCAAAACGCUGAGAAUUAUGUACCAGUAAAGGAAAAAUUGUUAUUGUUUGAAACAUUGUGCAAUUUGGGCCGAGAGGCGCUUGGCGUCGAGGAAGGUGCGAGGAAUGGGUUUAUAAUGGGCAAGAGGGCCGUGUCCAUGCACGACCUCACCAACUUGCCCUAUUCUUCGCCGGGCGUCAGGCAGAUUUGUAAAUAUUUCGAAAACAAGACUGACAUCGAGGACUCCAAGAAGUUUGGUUCUAUUUGCAGGACAAAUAGAAGACUAAUAAACUCUGACACGCAACUGCAUGACGCUCAAAAAGCUCUCAACUACGUUCAGUAUGUAAAGGUGACUUGAAUUUUUUAAUGAUUAUUAUUAAAAUAAAAGGAAUAACUGGUAUCUUUGGAAAAAAAGAUUCGAUUUCGUAUGUAAAAUAAUUAAUUGUGCAAGACUUCUUUUAUGAGUUGAACAAAGAAUACAGUAACUAGUAGGAGAGUAAAAAACGCGAAAGAAGAAAAACAGCGUCAUACAACAUUUUUUUUUACAAAAACAUUAGUUUAUUAUCAAUGUAAAAUACAAAAUGUCUAUCGCCAUAAACGAUUAUAUAUAAAAAGAAAGAAAUAACUGAUUUUAUAUCGUUUGUUACAGUAUAGAAAAUAUAUAUAGAAUUUCUGGUGCGUUAACAGAUGCAUAAUUAUGAUUUAUUCAACCCCAGUUUACCACCAAUCAAUGUAAUGUUAAUUGAUAUAUAUAUAUAGAAUGUAUAAAAAUAUGUUGUUGUUUUAACAUUUCAAUUAUACAAAUUAAUUUUUUAUAA